CAGUUUUGAUGCAGAGUUUUUAUGAAAGUUGGAACUACCAUCUUGCCCUAUUUCAGAAUAGUUACAAAAGCCAGGUCCUCCAUAAUCAGACCUUUCACCUCAGGCACCCAAGCAAUCAGAAUGCUUUAUGAGAUACCUGAAAUAUGCUGUGAGUCCGUCACCUGUUGUUUCAGCUGCUAGACAAUGUAACCUUUGGAGAAAUAACCUUUACCAGAAAAUAUGUAUGUUUUAAAGUCCUCAAGAAUGGUUCUGUCAGUGGGAAUUUUAAACCCAGAGCAUAGAGAUACUUGAAAAGAGGAAGGAAGUCAAGGGAUAAAUGACAGUACUUGGGAGACAAUGAGAGAAAUAAAAAUGAUAACAAAAAAUUUGUUAUACUUUUAAAAUAUAUUAAAAAACAAUAGAUUGAUGACUGAAGUGAUGAUUAUCUUAAAAUUGGGGAAUUAGUUUAUCAUGUGGAAUUAAUAUAUUACCCAACAACCCUUUAUGCUUCUCUGUUGGUUUGUUGUGGGAAAGAUGCUGAAAACCCUUGCCUGUUGUGUAUUUAAGAUGUGUUCCAGUCUGCUAAAGAGGGCGUGGAAAAUACAAGAAAAUUUGAAUGACUCUGUGUUCCAGAAUCUUCCCUUGUAGUUUUAGUUUCUUACAACAGUUACAGGCCUUUUUUUAUAGAAGGGGUUCUCCUUUAACAUUAUAUUAACAUUAUCAUUCUUGCAGUGGGGAGUUGAAGGAUAGGGUAGAAUUUGUACAUGUGGUAGUCCAUAAGAAAGAGUUUUUAAAAUUUUUAUUUAUUAAAAAUUAUUUUGAUGUUUUUUAUGAGAGACAGAGUGUGAGCAAGUGAGGGGCAGAGAGAGAGGGAGACACAGAAUCCGAAGCAAGCUCCAGGCUCUGAGCUGUCAGCACAGAGCCCGAUGCGGGGCUCGAACCCACGAGCCAUGAGAUCAUGACCUGAGCGGAAGUCAGACGCUCAACUGACUGAACCACCCAGGUGCCCCCAUUAAAAAGAGUUUUAAUAAUGAAUUCACAACUCUGCCACCUAACUGAUACUCUGGGGGAGAUUGGUGUCCAUGGUGUGCCUUGUUCAUGCCCUCACUGUACUACUGCUGCCACCAUUGCACCAAACUGCUUACCCUCUUUUUAAUUUGCUCUUAAAAUCCUGUGUUCCUAUAGACACCUCAGGCCAAAGGAUGAUGAGUCUGCCAGUAAUAAGGAGUUAUUUUUCAGCAGAAUGAAUCAAAUUGGCUGCCUUGGGAGGUGGCUGGAGAAUUCUCUGUUAUUGGGAUUGUUAAAGAGAAAGAGCCAGAGCUGCAAUAUUAUACAAGGAUUCAGGCUCUGUGUUGGGUUGGAAUAGAUGAUCUUUAUGUUUCUGCUAAAUCUGAGAAUCAUUGAUUUUUUUGGAAUAUCCUUAAUAAUCAGUUUAAAGUUCUGAAUUAAUUUAAAAAAUAUACAGGCUAACAAAAGAGGACUUAAUCAUGUAAACAGUCCAAAUGCCAUCUCUGAGGAUGCUUUCAGCUGCAGGUAACAGAACAACCAACCCAACCUGGCUUAAACAAUGAAAAGCUUUACUAGCUCAUAUAAAAGGAGGUCUAUAUUAAAGAGAAGGAUGGCCCUAAGGGUGGUUGAUCCAGCAUAUCCAAGCCAUUCCCAAGGACCCAGGUUCUUUCUCACUGUUUGCUCUACCAUUCAUGGGGUAUACUUUAUCUCAGGGCAGAUUUCCCCUGAUGUAGGUGGUUGUCAGUAACAUUCAGGGCUGUAUAUGGCCUUGUGAAUGGGAGGAGGAGAGGAAGAAAAGCUUGUUGCUCUCUCUAAACAUGAGUAGGUAUUUCCCAGAUACUUCCAGCACAUAUCACCUCCUGAGCCACAAGUGGGCUCUUGCCAGUCAACCUGCUUUAGGGACAAGGGGUGAAGUGUCAGCAUCCUGAGAUACAUGGUAACUCUGGGGAGAGGGAAAUACUGAAGAGAAUUGGGGGUUCUGUUAAAAGGAAGAAGAGAGGGCAACCAACAGUAUCCCCUGUAGUCAUUUUGUUAUGACCUACUGUUUUGAUGUCUAUUAUGCCGUAAGUCUUUGACUUACUUUUUGUUGUGGCCAUAUCAGACUAUUAAUUUUUUUUAAAGUGGUGUGAUUUCUAUUUUAAGAUGGAAGAGUGAAGCUAAAUUUCAGAAUAUCCAUUCUUCUUUUUUUUUUUUUUUGAUGUUUAUUUAUUUUGAGAGAGAGAGCAAGCAGGGGAGGGGCAGAGAGAGAGGGAGAGAGAGGCUCCCAAGCAGGGUCUGCACUGUCAAUGCAGAGCCUGACACGGGGCUCAAAGUCAUGAACUGUAGGAUCAUGACCUGAGUCAACAUCAGGAGUAGGAUGCUUAACCGACUGAGCCACCCAGGGCACCCCUCAAAAUAUCCAUUCUUUUAGACUUAAUGAUAUGAACAGCAAAUAGAUAAAAACUGGCAGAAAUAUACCAACAGCUAUUCAAAGAAAACAGCUGAUGGUUGGUGAGAGAAAGUUUCCAAGUAUUCAAAGGGUUUGGCUCAGUCAUUCUUGUUUUCUAUUAUUAAAAAAAUAUUUUUUAAUGUUUAUUUUUGAGAGUGAGAGAGAGAGCAUGAGCAGGGGAGUGGCAGAGGAAAAGGGAGACAGAAUCCAAAGGAGGCUCCAGGCUCUGAGCUGUCAGCACAGAGCCUAAUGGGGAGCUCACACUUCACGAGCUGUGAGAUCAUGACCUGAGCUGAAGUCGGAUGCUUAACCCACUGAGCCACCCAGACACCGCAACUCAUUCUUAGUCCCACACUAUGCAGAGGCUCUAUGAGAGAAAGGAUAGUGAGCACAACAUUGCAAAAUCCCUAAUGUCUGUGUCAAGGAGCAUGAGUAAGUAUUGGCAGUGCUGUAGGAGCACUGGGAAUUCCAAGUUACUGGAAGUCAUUCCCUGUGGGUUUCUCUUAUGUGAUAAAGAAAGACACAUUGGAGAUUACUAUUCUGGAAUGCUCAGACUGGGAAAGAGGUAGAGAAGAAAGGUAGAAUAAUCAAACCUUAGAGCUGAUUAUCUUCAUCAGUAGACUGGGAGGUAGCAGAACACCUGGCAGGAGGGAACAUCAAUAAUGCAAGUUUCUUUGGAGAACAGUAAGUGGAAGAAGGGGCAUAACUAUAGUAAGCUACAGGUGACAGGGUGGGGUGGAGGUAGGAGUGGGUGCUCGGGAGUUGGGUCAAAGGAAUGACUGCAGAGGAAGAAGAGAACAGCCUGUGCUGGACUCUCUGAUGGAGAUGAAAUCUCUCAAGGGUUGAAGGAAUUAAUGUUGGGGAGGAAAAGAAUAGCUCCCAGGGAGAGGAGCUUAGAGUUACAACUGCUUGUAGCCCUAGUCCCAGCUGAGCUGGUUCUCUUUUCCCUUUUUCACACUCUGUAAACACCAGUUAGAAUGAAUCUGUAAGGGGAGAAGCUCCCCUAGACUACACAGUAACACAUGCAGAAGCACUCCACAGAACACACCAGUGAAGCUUAAGCCAACAGGAAGGCCUCACAAGCCCUCUGCACUCAGGACAGGAUGGAGAGAAAGGCAUGGUACAUGCAGAAGAAGGAUACAGAGUCUAUUACUAUUAUUUUUUAAUAUAAUUUAUCAUCAAAUUGGUUUCCAUACAAAACCCGGUGCUCAUCCCAACAGGUGCCCUCCUCAUUGCUUAUCACCCACUUUUCUCUCCUCCCUGCUCCCCAUCAACACUCAUUUCUCUGUAUUUAAGAGUCUUUUAUGGUUUGCCUCCCUCCCUCUCUGUUUGUAACUUUUUUUGCCCCCUUUCCUUCCCCCAUGGCCUUCUGUUAAGUUUCUCAAAGUCCACAAAUGAGUGAAAACAUAUGAUACCUGUCUUUCUCUGACUGACUUAUUUCACUUACCACAAUACCCUCCAGUUCCACCCAUGUUGCUGCAAAUGGCCAGAUUUCAUUCUUUCUCAAUGCCAAAUAGUAUUCCAUUGUAUAUAUAAACCACAUCUUUAUCCAUUCAUCAGUUGAUGGACAUUUAGGCUCUUUCCAUAAUUUGACUAUUGUUGAAAGUGCUGCUAUAAACAUUGGAGUACAUGUGCCCCAUGCUUCAGCACUCCUGUAUCCCUUGGGUAAAUUCCUAGCAGUGCUAUUGCUGGGUCAUAGGGUAGUCCUAUUUUUAAUUUUUUGAGGAACCUCCACACUGUUUUCCAGAGCGGCUGCACCAGUUUGUAUUCCCACCAGCAGUGCAAGAGGGUUCCCGUUUCUCCACAUCCUCACCAGCAUCUGUAGUCUCCUGAUUUGUUCGUUUUAGCCAUACAGAGUCUAUUCUGGAAGAAAAGCUAAUUUCCCUUCAAAAUGGGAGCAGAUUCCUGAGUAAGCUAUUAAGGAGUAAGCUAUUAAGAACCUGAGUUUCAUAAAACACAGACUCAGAAAUGAUACAAUAAAAUAACAGAAUGAAAAAAAAAAUAACAGAAUGAGGUGAAAAGGGAAGAAUACAGGGCCAGGGAGUCACAUGGGGAGCCAAUUUGCAGAUCAAAUAAAUUUGAAGUAGCUAGGAACUGAACAGUCAUGGCUGGAAGAUGAACUUACUGAGAGUACAAAGCUUGAGAUAUUCACAGUGAAUGCAGAAGAAGAGGAAAGAAAGAAGCAGUUAGGUAAAAAUGAUAGGGGGAGGAUUGGACUUUCUGGAGGUGGAGCUGAGAUAAAAGGAGUAUGGGCCUUCUGUUUUUUGUUCAAGUUCCUCUUGGAAUCAUGUUUUUGGUUGCAGAGGAUUGACGAUUUUAGAUAACACUCAUUUGAAAAUAUGUAAGCACUGACAAAUUGGUGAAAACAAAUGUUCAUGUUCUUUUUAGAAGACUAUCAGUGAGAUGAAAGUUAUAUUUUUAGCCUGAGAGACCAGGAAAAUUCCCCUCUGAAGCAUUUUGUUUCCUGGCAUUGUUACUGAAAACUCCCUUCCCCACAACAUGAUUUUCUGUGCUCUGUUGGAACUGGUCUUUUGCUAAAUGUAAAUACUGACCUGCUGAUCUUAGAGCAAGCACUUUGCUGCUUUCCUACCACCAGAAACCAUUUUGUAGGUCAGGUUUUAUGGAGAAAAAAAUUUUUGUGUGUAUUGUUAGACAUCUGUGGUUAAUCAUUUACCUUUUCUACAUUUCAAAAAAUCUCUUAAGUAAGUCUGGGUAAUAGGUUAGCCUGAAAAAAGAGCAAACAGAUCUACUAACAUUUACUGCCAUUGACUAGAAAAGUGAACUUUCAUUCUUUGCCUUCCAGCAAGUAUAUGCUUUAGAAUCUUUACAUUGCAAAUUGCUGUGGGGAGUAGACCAUAGAGCAGAAAUGGGUUGCUGGAAUGGACUUGUCAUGAAUUAUUCAUUCACUAUCUAGUUCCUUGGAAAUCAGCUGGAGGAAGUAGUUAGUCCAGUUUGAUCACAGGAGUGGUAUGCCAAGGGCUCCAGCAAGCCCUUACAAGUCCAGCCUCGAGGAUGUGCUUCUGCUGUCUGCUGCUGUAGGGCGGCAGCUGCUGUGUAGACGAACCCAGGAACAUGCUGCUGGGGAGAGUUGCACUGAGGACUCCCCAAUGCAUCUUGCUGCGAAAUGAAGCUUCAGAAUGAGAAGACUUUGGGACAUUCCAUGAGUCAUUCAAGUAACAUUUCUAAGGCUGGGGGUUCUUCGCUGGCGUCGGCUCCAGUGUCCGCCUUCUCUCGCACUUCUGUCACGCCAUCCAAUCAGGACAUCUGCAGUUCCAGUGCAGUGUGUUCUGAGUGUUGUCACCAAAGUCCCGUGCAGUCUGCCGUUGUCUUGAAAGCUCCUCAAUGCCAGAGUUCUCUGACACAAGGGCUCACUGUGACAGUUAUCUGUAAAGACACAUUGUCAAAGAGAAAUUCCUGUGGUUCAGAAUGGACCCAGGCCUUGAAGCCUGCUGACAAUACCAAAGCCAGAAGAAUACUAAAGUUCUCAAAAUCCCUAAACGAUGUGGGUGAGAAGCCCCAGAACACUUCGGAAAGUUUUGACUAUGUGGAAAGAACUCGCUCCGAAGGGAAAUUGAUACUCCCUCAAGAUCCAGGUCUCAGGAUUAACAGGUUCCAUCAGAAGGAGAAAAAAGUGCAGCAUCACAAACCUCUUGGCAGUUCCAAACAUUCUUGCGUUUCAUCCCUUUCUGCCAACCGUUCAGUUGCCUCAGAGGUGGAAGCUGGCAAGGGGGGCAUCCACGUCCCUCUUUUGGAAGAGAGAGCGGAUGCUGAAGCUGUGUCCAGGAGCCGGCGACUGCUCCGGUACCUGUUCUCGCUCUCGCACGGCUCGAGCGCCAGCAGCCUGCACAGGUUCCAUGAGCUGGAGGGCUGUGCUGUGCCCCUGCACACCGCCAAGUCCUCCAGCGGGCUGGCAGGGAGCAUGGGCUUCUGCUCCGAUGAAAUGGGAGACGACGAUGUCUUUGAGGACAGCGCAUCUGCAAAAUGGAAGAACAAGGUCCUGCGGGCACCCCUCUGCUCAGUGGAGAAGGACAGUGACCUGGAUUGUCCUUCUCCCCCCUCUGAAAAAUGCCCCCCCAUAUCUCCUGUAUCCACAUCAGGGGAUGCCUGCAGGAUCUGCCACUGUGAAGGGGAUGACGAGAGCCCUCUGAUCACCCCCUGCCGCUGCACAGGGAGCCUCCACUUCGUGCACCAGACCUGCCUGCAACAGUGGAUCAAGAGCUCCGACACGCGCUGCUGUGAGCUCUGCAAGUACGAGUUCAUCAUGGAGGUCAAGCUGAAGCCUUUGAGAAAAUGGGAGAAGCUGCAGAUGACGGCCAGCGAGCGCAGGAAGAUCAUGUGCUCAGUGACAUUUCAUGUCAUCGCCAUCACCUGUGUGGUCUGGUCCUUGUAUGUGCUCAUCGACCGCACCACUGAGGAGAUCAAACAUGGACAGGCAACAGGAAUCCUAGAAUGGCCCUUUUGGACUAAAUUGGUGGUUGUGGCCAUCGGGUUUACUGGCGGACUUCUUUUUAUGUACGUUCAGUGCAAAGUAUACAUACAAUUAUGGAAGAGACUCAAGGCUUAUAACAGAGUAAUCUAUGUUCAAAACUGUCCAGAGACCAGCAAAACGAAUAUUUUUGAAAAAUCUGCACUAACAGAGCCCAACUUUGAAAAUAAAGAUGGACCUGGAACCUGUCAUUCCGACACAAACUCUUCUUGUUGGACAGAACCUGAAGACACUGGAACCGAAAUCAUUCAUGUCUGAUUUUGUGGAGGGUGUAGUUUUCCUGGACAUCGAUGAACAGCUGAAGGAAAUUGUUUACUGCCAAUUCUGUACCUUUUUUUAUGUCCUUUAAUAGCAUAGACCAGGCAGGUGACUGUUUUUUUAAUGGCUUCUCUUUUUCUAAACCCUCCUUAGUGAAUCUCCCAGAAAGCCCUCACAUUGGCUGUGCGUGGCGGGGUCCCACUUCUGCCAGCACUUCCACGGGAAGGGAGGCCCCCGUGACAUUGUGAGGGGUUGCUGGCUGGGUUCUGGCCCACGAAGCCUUGAGCAGUGAGAGAAUAAAAUGCCGGACCCUGAGAAGAGCAGGAGCCGGGUGGCACCCUGGCCUCAGUGCCCUGCCUCUCCCGGUCAGCAGCAGUCCCCCCACUGGAGCAGAGUGUGUGGGAAUGUCUAGUCACGCCAGAGGAUUUCCCUCCUCACCAAGAAGAGCCUGGGGAGAUGAUGCUGCCACUGACGUUUCUCCCGAGCAGACCGGGCAGUGGUGCUCUGUGCAUGGCGGCGAGUGAUUCACUGAGCAAACAGCACUUUACAAAAAGAGAAUCUUUAUUUUGUAGUAUGUGUGUCCAGUGGGAUUGACAUUUAAAAGAACGUCUCAUUUAGAAGCCUUCCUUUCAUGACCCUGAUUACCUAUCUCUUUUACGUUAUGAUAGAUCUAAAACCCUUUUUGCCUUAUAUAUUCUAAGAAACCUGACAUCUGCUCUGUGUCCAUAAAAGGAACUUGUGGCUAUAAAACUGGAUAAACAGGCCUGAGGCUUUUUCAUAAUGUUUCAUGAGAAUUAAUGAACACCAGAUGGCAAUUUGAGCAUAGUUCCUGUGGUUUCAGGCCUAUUAUAUGGCAAGUCUUCAUGUCACAGGCCUGCCCCAAAUAUUUUUUUUUUUGUCAACACUGAAAAAGAAGGUUUUGUGAGAUCUAAACAAAAGGAAGGAAGUGAGUAAUUAGAACAAAACUGAAUGUUUAAAAAUGAUUCCUUUAUGGACAACCUCUCCGGUUCAUGCUGGCUUCACACUGACGGAGUGAGCACGCACUGCCCUGGUCUGGGGCACGCACACUGCAGGCACUCCUGGGCGCCGGCCACCUUGGACAGCUUCUCCUGGGUGGCUCUGUGGAUCACUGCUCAGGGCAGAGAGACAGACGGGCUGGCUCUGGGACAAAGGCCAGGAGCGAGUAGCAAAGUGCCAUGGCCCCACUGGGUCACUGCCCCCAGCCACACCUCCACCCAUUUAUCGCCUUAACUGGACUGGACAGCGAGGACCCUUUAGGGGCCCCUGGCCCUGUAAUCAGUUCGUUCUGUCAUCAGGGAUUAUCUCCUGUACCAUUUUCAUAAGACAAAACCAAACUCACCACCAUCAAAUGGCCUUUGUCCCUUUAAAAAGUCUGCUUAAAAAAAACCCGUUUCUCUGCACCAGGUAAAUAAGAGUCAUCUCCAGAAAAAUAGGCCAAGAGGGUCUGCAGUGUAACAUCAUCAUGCCCAGAAUACUUCCUCUCCAGGUGACUCUGCAUCUGCAGAGCCUCCUAUAAGGGGAAGGCUGCUUGGGUGGGGGAGGGGGUGUCCUGCCCUCAGCCCUCUGAACCUUAGGUGCCCCACCUGUCCUGUUUUGAGGAUGAAGCAAACACAAGAUGAUUCCUUUGCCUUUCAGACUGGAAGUGCUGUGGUUAGUUUUGAAAGCCAGGACGAGGCCGAAGUGUGUCUAAGCUCUGGGAAGGGCGUGUGGUAGCAGGCUUUGCCCUGCCACCUCCUCCCACCCAAAGUCUGACUCAUCAGGAUCACGGAUCCCUGUCUAAGGAUCUGCUCUGCCAUGGCCUUCCUCUGGUUGGGCAGGCACUAUCCAACCAUGGCAACCCCUGAAAAUAGGUCAGCCUGCUCUCGCUCGCGGUCUCUAUCGCACUCUCUCUCGCUCUCUUGUCUCCCAGGCCGCAUCCGGUCCGCGCCUGUGUUCACUGUGCCCCAAGUGCAAUUACCCACACCCCUUUUCAGCCUGGGGACUCCGGGCAGCUACACGCUGUCCACUCAGGGGAGCUGAGUCCUGGUCAGCCCUGCCUCUACCCCUUAGAAACUGCCCAGGCAAGGCCUCUUGUCCCUGCCGUCUUCUUACAGCGAAUGAGUAGUCACGUGAAGACUGGGAUAGAAUUUUAAGUGAGAAUCCUUCCCCUCUCCCCUGAUGGAGGCCCUUAUGCUGAAGCUGAAAGUCACUGAGACUUCCUGCGGAUGGGAAAGUGUGCUUUAGGUAAGGAUAGCUGCUGGGCCGCCCACCUGUCAUGGCUGGCACCCCGUAGAGCAAAGGUGCCUUUAUAACCACGACUGCUGUGUUGCUCCCAUGCCUGACCAGGUUGUCACGUGAAACUCUUACUUCUUUUCAGGAAGGCCUACCACCAUCUCUUCACCUCCACCAAACUCCUAAAAGCCUUCUGCCUGGGGACAGUCCAUCCCACGUCCUUCUUUCCUGUCCUGGGAUGGCACACAGAUGUCCCCUUGCCUUUCUCUUUUCUUGUAGGUUCUAGUUGAGCUCCUCUCACCCCUUUCUUAGUCCCGGCCGUAUUCCCCCGCCUACUGAACUGGGAAGCCAGAAGCCCUGGAAAGGUGCUGUGCUGCCAUCUAGUGGGGGAAGCAGAUCUGCCAGGUGUACCUUUAAUCCACAUCAGCUUGCCCUCUAGUUCUUUGGGGGUUAUUUAUUCCCUAGUCUCCCCGCCCCCUCCCAUUCUGCACCUGGCUUUGUGGGAGGAUGACACUUGGCUGAACCAGAAAUGUGGGAUGAGCCUGUGGGUCUGGGGGCCAGGCAAAGGGGAGAGGGAAGUGGCUCAGGGGUGUGGCCAGCUAGCUCCCUCUGAUUUGGCCUUUGCUUCCCCAAAAGGUACAGUAUGGCUCGAGGGCUUCUGACUUUGGCCGCCAGCAAUAAUUUGUUUUUUUUUUUGUGCCCGAGUUGAUUUUAAGAAUUCCUGGAAACUAUAAAAAGGUCUCAUCCUGCUCCAGGCCUCUAUGUCUCCUCCCUUUUCACCUCCUUCCACCGUUUUCAAUCUUAUGGGUCUAGUUUUCAACCUUGCUGGCGUGCCCUCCCUGGCUCCAGACAUGCAGGCCCCAGGCAGUGGGCCAGCGCAAGCGCAUCAGGUAGUGCCUGCACAGUUAGGGCUGCUUCUGCUGCCUGGUGGGUCAGCCACACGGCUGGCGGAGGCCUGCAAACAGCAGGGCCGAGAUCCACGAUGCUGUGCACUUGGCCUGAUGCAAAGACACUUUUUGAAUACUUUCCCUUUUAGAUCUGAUUUGAAACAUGCAGCUUCCCUCUCCAGCCCAAGGAAAGACCGAAACAUAAGGGAAGAAAAGGAUUUAUCUUUGUUUUGGAAGUAAUUAAGUUGUGCAGCUAUUUACCUAUUUAGAUGCAACAUUUAUAGAAAGCUGAUUGUUAAUAAAAACCAAAUUUACACUGGCA